AUGACCGAACUCGACUCUAGCCUUGGACAAUUGAAUUGGCUAUUGGCAAAAAAUAAUUCAACGACGGAUGUCUCAAAACAAAAAUUGAAAAUCGAAAAGAACCCGGGACCUGACGAUAAACCGAAUUGCAGCUAUUCACAGUUGAUCAAAAUGGCGAUCAUGGACUCACCCGAGCAAAAGAUCACCCUAAGCGGUAUUUAUCAAUACAUCGCGAAUCGUUUCCCCUACUAUCGCGAGAAUAAGAAUCCCUGUUGGAAGAACUCAGUCCGCCACAAUUUGAGCUUAAACAAGCAAUUCGUGAAAAUCGACAGAACCGAACAUGACACAGGGAAAGGAUCGUACUGGACAUUUGUCGAAGCAGAGGAUACGAAAAUUCGGUUCAAAAACAGUGACGGACAAUCGCCGAAGGUGAAUCCGGCAGUGAAAAGGAUGUUCAUGGAAAGAGAUGGGAGCAGGGAUAGUCAGAAUACUGAAGAAGAGGACGUGCAAUUCAUCGGCGAACAUCAACCAAACAUCAAUCCAGCCCCGACAACCUAUUCCAAUUUCUAUCCACAACCGUACGAGUUCUCCCCGUAUUUCCCCACGCAAAGUGUGCCCGAAGUGAGCGUGCAAUCGAGCGAUGCGAUGAUGGUGGACGAAAGUGAAGACGAUUUGAGCGGGUUAAAUCUCUUCGAAACGCACGAUUUGAGCGCUUCCUUUAAAGCUGUUUAUGAUCAGAUUUUUCAAAAUCGACGACCAAGCAAUACAAGGGAAAAGGAGGCACAAAUCGAUUGGCUUAAAAUCUCGCUCGAGACCGUGGGAAUGAACUAUCGAGAUGAGGAAGAGAUGAGAAAUAUCGACACACGACGUUUCAUUAGUUUGGUCUCGAGCGGAAUGCUUUCAUCGGAAGAAGACGGACCCCAACAAACCUUUCAUAGAUCGAAUUGUCAAAUAAUCGGCGGGAAAGGCACAACGCUCGGUCAACUGAAUAGUCAUAUCAACAUGGACGACGAAAUCGAGGACGAUUUCGACUGGAACACCCUGAUAAAC